UAAUUAUUUCGCGUUAAAUAGUUAACAACAAUUGCUAAAAAUAGUUUAUAACUCAUUGGCAAGAACGCACGCUUCAAGUUGCAGUAACGGAAACAACGACGCGUCGCGUAAAUCCAAUGAAAACCGCGAGUGAAAAUUGAGACGACGACCAAUACAAAGUGGGAAAAAUCGAACUUUGUGCGAGUGUGUGUGUGCGUGUGCAGUGAAUUAAAUUUAAUAAAUCCAACACAAAAAAUCACAUGUGCAAAGCUGCUCAUUUAUUUAUGUGGCCUUAUAAGAGCUGUAUAUAUAUUAAUUGAUAUGCAUAAUGUACGAAAAAAUUGAGAUUUGGUUGCAAAGCAACGAAACGAUAAUUUAAGCAAACCCAACCAACAACAAAAACAACGGCAGCACCAGCAGGAACAUCAUUCCACUACUAAUUGCAGAAUAGUAAAUAAGAAAAAUGACGACGCCGGAGACAACUAGCGAUGUGCGAUUUGGGUUCACAGAUUUGGGCUGGAAUCGCACCAACAAUGUGCCGCUGGAGAACAUGAAAAUCGACGCACCAAUGAUAUGGCUGCUCUGUUCGCUGCUCACGACCAUUACCUGGGUUACCUACAAUACGUUUUACAACUCACGUAUACUUGGCAUGCUAAUAACCAAAAUAGCAAAUCGUUGGUUCAUAAAGGGUGCCUAUUUCAAAAUAGGAUCAGUGGCGCUCAAUCCGCUGGCUGGCAAAAUAAUGUUUCGUGAUUUUGUGUAUAUAACAUACGACUAUACGAUGAGAGUGCAGGAUGGUUAUUUUCUGUUUCGCUGGUGGCGUUCCUAUGUGCCCAAAGACGUAUCCGAGGAUUUAUCACAUUCGGAUACGCGGCUGUCGGUGCAGCUGAAUGGCUAUGAGCUGCAUAUAUAUAAUCGAUCCGAUUUGUAUGACAAGCUGGAAAAGACUUUCGGGCUGGAGCCAUCGCUGCUGAUACCCGCCGAGGCCGCCAGCGCCGAGGAGCGCAACAAGCUGCGCGAGCACAAUAUGAAUCUGGAGAAUGCGCGGCAAAGCAAACGCGUUAACAUUGUUAAGCAUUCCGAGGCCAUGCAGGCGACCACAUGGCGGGAUCUGAUACCUGUGAUCAAAAUAGACAUAUGCUCGGGUCGCUUUGUCUUUGGCAAUCGACUGACGCCCACAACGCUGAUGAUUUCGGUGGAGGAGGCGCAUUGCACGUAUAGUACUAAGCCAGCGGUUUGCAUGCUGGAUCACUUUAUGCACUUUGUCAAGGCGAAAGUGGAGAAUGCCAAAAUAUUGUUCUGUCCCAGUCCUAAGUACACGGGAUUGAUAGACGAACCGCCGCGCUACAUGGGCGAAGGCUUUGUGGUGAUGAUGUCCAAUCAAAUGGACUUGUAUUUCUAUAUGGAUGAGCCGGGCGUAGUGCCAGAGCAGCCAGUACAAAUACAGCUGGCGAAUGGUGACAUUGUGGAGCCUUCGCCGCCAGUUUGGGGCAUCAAUGCGCGCUGCUUGAAAGGCACGGACUUUAGCUAUGGCCCCUGGGCGGACAGACAGCGUGAUCAUUUGUACAAAUACUUUUACCCCUCGGACUGGAAGGAGGCGCAAGUGACGCCCACGCCACAGCCAGGCGAGCUGCGCAGCUAUCAAUCGUUUGACGUAACGCUCUGCGUGCUCAAUGAAGCCACCAUUGACAUACUGUUCUCCAAAGAAAAAGAAACGAAUGCAAUGCAUAUAACCGUAGGUCCUGCUUCGUAUGUGGAGGUGACAAUACCUUGGGUUACACUAGUGGACGGCUAUACGUCUAAAAUACAAGGACAACUGUUCCAUGUGGAGGCCACCACAUCGCUGCAGUAUCGCAGCCUGGCAGAGUUCGAGUCGCUGGAGUAUAAAGUGCGCAUACAUUAUCCCACCAAGUGGAAUGCGCCGCAGGACUGGAACAUCUCGCUGGCUGGCUGCAAGACGAGCGCGUUUAUUGUUUACAAGCAUAAGUGCUUCUUUCAGGAUCUCAUCGAGGACUGGGCCGACAAGGCGCGUCCGGACAUACUCAGCUUUGUGCCAUACACUUGCAACUUUAAUAUACGUCUGCACGAAUUCGAAAUCCUCAUGCUGUGCAAUGAAUACAACUGGAUUGACUGCAGCAGCGCCAACCAGGAGAACAAUCAUCUGGCCUUCUGUGGCGAUGUCUUUGAAAUGAGCUUUGCGCUGCCCUUUGACGAUUUUCUGCCCAAGACUGUUACGCUCAAGUUCUGGAUACAUGGCGAGGGAUUGGAUUUGAGCUUAUACGUGCCCGAGGUCUCCUCGGUGCGUCCCAUUAUGCUAGCCAUAGACGAGAAUGCAAGACUGCUCACCCGCGAGGGUAAACUCAUUAGGCGCCCGGAGCUUUACACCAAGAAAUGGCGCAAGAUUUGCCAGCGCAGCGCUGGCUGGAUCGACUGCUGGGCAGUGCCCAUCCUAGCGCUGUCCAUACAGUAUGUCUAUCAUCCAGUGCCGCCGCUGGGACCAGAUCCACAGGCGGACAUCACAACACCAGAGAAGGAGGAAAUCUUGCUCAGUCCCAUGCGCAUACCCAAGGUGCGCAAAUCGCCAGUGAGCAACAGUUGGCAGCAAGCGUUGCCGGAGCAGCAGCAGCAGCAGCUCAAAUUCGAUCCGGGCACGCUGCCCGCAGAUCAUGUUACCGUGGAGCUGGAAAUAGGCAGCUCCGUGCUCAUGGCCUAUGGCAAUGUGUUGCGCAACUUUAUAAAUCUCAAGGAGAAUAUAUUUGGCGAGGAUCAGAACUUUACGGACAUGGAGCAGUCGAAUGUUACGCCAGAGGCAAAUACAACGCUGAGUCCGAAGGAUCAGCUGCUGGCCAAAGAAAAGGAGCUGGCCAACAAAAGCAGCUCGGAGCACAGUGCGCCCGAAGAGAAGCGCAAACCGUUUGAUCCGCGCCUCUAUCGUCCGCUGGAGGUGAUGGUCUCCGUCAUAGUGCAUGACAUACAAGCGCAUGUAAUGAAGAACUGCAAUGAGCACGAUCCGCCCUGUCCAGUGGUGCUCAUCGAGCGCUUUGGCUUUGAAAUGAACAAGCGCUAUCAUGAGACGACGCUGCAGGUGCUAGUGAGUCCUUCCUAUCUGCUUACGUCGGAUACGCUGCAGCGUCAGCGGCGUGAUCAGCAUCUGCAGCAGGGACAUCUAAUGUUAUCCGCUGUGCAGGUGCGUGGUCAUGCCAUGUUCAGCAAUGAGGGUUGUGCGCUGGAUGAGGAUACGCUGGAGUACUCUUGGCUGGUCGAAGUGCAGCUGGGCAAGCUUACGGGCAAGCUAACGCUGCCGCAGCUGGUGAAUGUUGUCACCGGCCUGGAGACGCUUAUACUACUCACCAUAGAUCCGGAGAACUGUCUCAAGUCGCCCAAGACUGUGCGCAAUUGUCAUCAUGGCGUGCCCAGCAAUCUCUGCCCGCAUACCAAGGAGGAGAACAAGUACAAGUGUCCCUCCGCUGAGGAUAUUAAGUACAAGAUGACGCGCGUCUCGGUGGAUGCAGUGGAUGUGUAUCUAAUAGAAAGCGGCACUGCACUACACGCCUGGAUCUCACCCAUACGUCUGGCCAACUGCAAUCUGCAUGGCCAGCGCGUCAAGUCGGGCAUAUCCGGUCUACUGCCUUCAAUACUCUUGCGGCUCUUUAUGCUGCAUGCGGGCAAUGUGCCCAAUGGUGCUUAUAAUACAAAUACAACGGGCAGCAAUCGCUCCGGCAAGCUGCGUCGCGCCGAUCAGGACUCGCUGAAGUCGCAAGAUGCCAAUGCGCCCAGCGGCUCACACUUUACGCAUAAGGCGAGCAAGCGCAGCUCCAAUUCCUUUUCACAGCGUCGCGAUUCACGCGAGGAAGGCGCACGCAGUCGACUGCGCGACAGUUUUUCGGAGCCGCAGAACGUCAAGCGCACGCCGGAGUCCACAGAGCUAUGCGAGAAUUGGGUGGAGGUGGGCUGUACCUCACUAGGCCCCAUUUUGCUCGAAGGCGCUUCCGCCUUGCCCAUACCUGACCAUGAGCUGCAUUUGGUGCAGCAUAACUUUUUGCGCGUGCAUGAUACCAAAUAUAAGCGGCUUUGGUUUCUCUGGUCGCAUAAUGGCAGCGCGCUGAACUCCGGCACCGAAAUCUCACGUUGCGGCUGCAUUGGCGGCUGCGCUUUCUUUGGCAGCAAUCGCAAUGGCCAAAAGUUCUUCAAGCCUACAGCGCAGGAUGUGCAUGAUAAUUACAACAUAGCGCGUUAUUUCAUUAUAAACAACAACAAGGACUUUGGCUUCGGUGAAAGCAUCCUGCAUCAAGGUCAGCUGGUGUUUCAUACUCCACCCUACAGUUUGCAUUGUGUUUCGCUUUAUGAUGCUGCCGACUUUAAUGGCAAGGGCAAGGUCUAUCGUCCUGCCGUGGAGCUGCGCAACGGCAGCUUGAAGAAGUCGGAGCUAUGCACGCUGCCCGAUGGCGCCAAGUUUAAAAUAGGCGGCGGCGUUGUGGACAAGCCAGAGCUAAGCGCCAGUCGCAAUAAAUCGCGUGAGAGCGUAGGCUCGCCCAAUACGCUAGAGCGACGCAGCAAGCGCUACACAUGCACGCGUCAGACCUCGGUGGAGGUGCCCUAUGCGCGUCUGCUGGACAGUCCUUCCAAGAAGCUGCAGCUGCAGCCAGAUGCCAACGAUGUGAGUCAUAGACGUGGCUCGGAUUCGCAUAGACUGCGCGUAUCGCCGCCCAAGACAAGCAUUUCGGACUCUAGGCUAACAGGCGAGGCAGCGCUGGACGAUGAGCAUGAUAUGAUACCCGAUGAAAUGUCGCACUCGGCGCCGCAUUCGCAUCCUUUGGAGUUUGAAAUUGCAGACAUUGCUUUGCAUGCCUGCGAGUUGCCGCGCGAAGUGCAACGCACCAUCUCAUUAACUUCAGAGAAUCCUUCGGAAAUGUUUUUCUCAGCCGAGGAGGAUAUAUCCACUGUGCUGUCGCAGCGUGGCUCGAUGAAACAACGCAGUGGCAAUGGCUCUAUUAUAUUCAGCGGCAAAAAGCGUUUCUCAAGCGACUUGAGCAUUGGCGCUCAAAAUGAGAAUGGCAGCCACACUUUGCCCACCUAUCGCAGCGAUUUGGAAAUCCAUGCGCCUGAUAGCAACAACAAAACUUUGCCCAAGCGUCCACAAAGCACUACAGAGCUGGCGGAUUCGCGUGGCAGCUCAUCGGGCACACCUUCGCUGUCUUCCAAUUCGUUUAUCUCAGCCAUGUCCUCGCAGGAGGAUGUGGCGCUGGUUAACUUGCAUCAACAGGUCAAUCGUCCCAUUAUCGAUUCGCCGCUGCUCAUGGCCAGCUACUUGAAUCACUUGUCGCAGGUCAAGUGCUUCAACUGGAACGGCUGCUCGUUUUCCCUGGGCUCUGAUGUCUUCUCCACGCCGCUUUUCCAUGAGAACGAAGAUGGCGGCUUGACUUAUAUUGGCAGCAAAAUGUUGCCACACUUUGAUUUGUACUCCUGCUGGCGUGAGAUCAAAGUGGUGCCUCGAUAUGAGAACAGCACGGGCAGCAAUAGCUCGGCUACAUUUAUGGGCGGACCCAAGUCGCAUCCCUGGGAUCCCAGUGUGCUGCUCAAGGAGGAGGAGGCGGAUAAGACAACCAAUGGCUUUGACGAUGGCGAGUUUAUGAGUUUGCAGGCAGAAGGCGGCGCCGCUUGCACCUCAGUCGUGGCACGCCUCAAGGGGCAGCUGAAUGUGUUUUUAACCCCAUUGCUACUGGAGGGUUUGCAACGCAUGACCGAGGCUGCCAUACCCACGAUACAAUCAAUGCAUCUGCUGUCUGUGGUGAAUUUCAUACACUCAUCGUGCAUAGCCAAAGUGAAGAACGACAAUAUACUGAAGCGGGAUCAGAGCCUGAGCUACUGGUCCCAAGUACACUCGAAUUCGAAGCGCUCGACCACAGAGCGACAUUUACAGGGACCUGGCGACUCAUUCUUGAGCGAUGUAUACGAGGAGAGCAUAUCGACCAAGACGCAGGGACUCAUUGUGCUGCCCAAGGUGAGCAUAACCAUGCUGCAGUUGUCCAUAGUGGAGGAGAUUAUAUCAGUGGCUGCAUUGGAUAAUGUGCAGGAUCUGAGCUGCGUUUCGCUGCUAACCUUUUAUAUGGAAGGCAUCUCUACAAAGUUCCAUUUGGGCAAAACCACACGCGCCUCCAUGCAUAAUGUUUAUAUACAGCAGACUGUGCAGUCGGGCAGCAGUCAUAAGAAGGGCGGCAUAAUGAAGGGCACACGUGCGCUGCUGGCGCAUCUUUCAUCGCAGACGCGACCGGACAAUGUGCAAGGCGAGCCCAUACUCAUCGAAACUUCAGAGAAGCAGCUGGAGGAACUGGUUAUAACGCUGGAUGUGGGACGCGCGCAUGCGCAGCUGCGUCGGCUAAAGACUGAGGGGCAGACUAGCGCACAGGAAUCGCCUGUUAUAGUGACUGCCAUACCGGAGCACAAGAGCAAAGUGUUGUUCGAGUGUCUGAAGAUGCCCGAGAGCACAGGCAUUGAGAGCAUUGGCUACAUAAUGUUUGAGUGUGGACUGGAGGGCGUGGGCGUGAAGAUUGUGAAGCGUUCGCACUUUGAAAAGUCGGAGAACAGCAAAGAGGAGCUGGCGGAAAUGGCAGGCGCUGAAGGUGUUACAGCCAGUGGAGCUGGCUUCAGUCUAAACGAACUGGUGGGACAGAGUGGUGCAGCUAAUGAGGCUGGCGCUGCUGGUGAUGCAACUGCCACGACUUCAAAAGCGGAGGCAGCUUGGCGCAUGAUAACCAAAAAGCCACCCACACCCAAGACACCCAAGGAGAAGUUUCAGCAUGCGCUGGAUAGCAUCAUAGUAACGGAUGGGUCAGCAGAUAAAGCUGCCAGAGCUACGCCCAAGCCGCAGCAGUUUGACGAGGAUGUGGAGAAGACAGCGGGCGCUGCGCCAAAUGCCAAUGCUGCGCCCAAGGCAACUAGUGCGUCCACUAAAGAUGGCUACGACAAGGCGCUGGCCAAUGUCAAAGGCACUGACAAGACUUCAUCCUGUGUUAUUGAACUCAAGUCGGUUUGGCUAAACUUUGCUGCGCCGCCUUGUGUGCCCAUUACGCGUAAAAUUGAUUUAACGCGCCUGGAUUGGAAUCUGCUGAGCACGGCCUCACCUGCUAUAACAGCUUGGAUGAAUCCCAGCAAUCGCUUGGCCAUUAAAGUUGUGGCGCUGCUCAAAGCGCUGCAUACGCGUCAAACGGCAGUCGCUGCUUGUCUAAUGGCUGAAGCAAUGGAAAAUGAGAAAAUACAACGCAAUCCAAAGAUUAAAAAGAGUCGUUAUGCCAACAAUUAUACGCUGCUGUCCAAGACGCUGCAGGAAGAUCCCAGCUGCCAGCUCUGCUACAUAAUGCAAAAGCUUGUGCAGGACGAAGGCGUGCAGCGCAUUGAGCAAAUCUUCAAGCGUGGCGAAGUGCCGCAUCUCAAUACGUUGCGUCAGGGCAUCAUUGUGUUGAGUCGCCAAUGGAAGAACACUUUGUACAAUCCCAUUCUGUUUGAGCAUCAGUAUAAGAACAAGUUAUCGCGGCCCAUUAAUGUAACAUUCUCGUUUCCGCAAAACGAGGAGGAGUGCGAGGGUGAUGAGUGUGAAGGUGAUGUUGAAAUGGGCGUUGGCGAGCAUCCGGAAGAGAGUGAGAAUGCUUUAUUACUUGGGCAAACACAGCAUCAUCGAACUCACAUUGAUAAUACACAAUAUGGCGGCAUGAGCUAUGCCCAUGAGGCUGCACUACAUGGCAACUCCCAGCGCUCCAAUUCCUGCUCGCCCAACAUACACAACACGCGUCGUGGGCUAAACAAAGCUCACAGCAAAGCAUCGAAUUAUUCACACGGCAAUUCAUCUCGUUCUAGCAUACAAAUGCUGCCCAUUAUUUCUGGGCUGGUGGAGAAGCAAGUGCCAGAGUUUGAGUAUGGCGCCUUGCAGGAAGGCUCGCUGAGCUCUACGAAUUCUAUCAAUAAAUUCUGGCUAGGCGCCGACUCGCAUAAGGAGGAUCUUUACUUUUGGAUGGCCAAGCAGCAGGACAGCAGCAAGAAGAAAGAUCAGUCAGCUGAGAAGGAGCACGUGCGUCCAGCGCCUACCAAACUGCCUGGCCAGCCGCAUAUGCGCAAUGGCAUUAUGCAGGACUCCAUCAAGCUGCUGGAUGCGCAUCUAAUCUUUGAGCCGCUGCUCACCUGUCUGGGCGUCAUGCCACAGCAAAUGCUUAAUAAGUUUAGCAAUGCGGACAUUUCAUCGCUAGAGAAUUUCGGCACCAAUCUCUCGCUCAUUGGCACGUUCGACUCCAUACGCGUUGACAUUGUUGUCAGCGAGGCGGGCGACAAGAAGAACACUAACCAAGCCAAUGCCAAGCCCGCCAAGCUGGGCAAGAAAGCGAAUGGCGGGCGUGCUUCGAUUAUGAUGGACACACCGCUGUUUCUAUGCGAGCGCGUGGGCGUUGAGCUGGAGGUGCUGAAAAUGUCCGACGGCAUGGUGGAUCAGGCGCGUCAAAGUGUCAUCUACAUGUCGCGCCGUCAGCUCAAGAAGCACACGAGCACUGUCAUCAAUCUCAGCCUGAACGUGCGCUAUAUAGCGCAGCAGGUGAACAUGCCGCUGUUGCGUCUGCUGCAUCAGAUAUGCAACAUGUAUCAGAAUGUCAAGGAUGCGCAGAAUGAGUUCCACGAGCAUCCAGAGCUGAGCAAAAAGAGUCAGACCAAGGAUGAGUGCAGCUUGGCCUCUGAGCCAACGGAUCUGCUGCCCUAUGCCGAACGCUUUGGCGCACAUGGUGAAAGCUUCAGCGAUGAGCGCUACGACAAGUUUAAUGAAACAAUGCCAACGAUGCCAGCGGCGCGCAGUCGUGGCAGCGGCUUGGGUCCCAUCAUACAGUUGACACCCUCGCCCAAUGCCAAGAACCGCCCGCAGAGCUUUGCGCAGAAGCUGCGCUCCACGGGCAAGUCCGUCAAGGGUAAACUGGGCUACACCAAUCUCAAUGAGUCGAGCGCAUCGCCGCUGCGUGAUAGUCCGACCAUGUCGCUGCAUGAGCAGACUAUACUGAAGCUGUGCACGGAGUCCAAGGCGUCGUUGAAUGGCGGCUGUGCCACAAGCGUGAGCGGUGACUACAACAGCACGCUGACCAAGGCAGGACUGCUGCCGUUGCCAGCGCAGCUCGAGACGCCCAAUUGCUGGAAGACCAUCUAUCAUUUGCUCGAGCUCUAUGGCACCAUGCCGGAGACCAAGACUGUAGUGCAGCGCAGUUCGCUCAACGAGCACAAGAAGCAGCAGCAGCAGCAGCAAGAAGACGAUGACGUCACUUGCGCGCCCACGCCACUGCCACAGCAUCGUGAUAUGCUGCUGGUGGAUGGCGUGCCACAGGAGCGCACCAGGCUCAUAGUCUUUGGCGUAGCCAAGAUACACAAGACGCGACUGCUGGCAACGUUGUCAGGCCUGAAGCUGGAGUCGGAGAUAACAACGCUGAACAGCACAGCGACGUGGAGGAAAAAGGCGCGUCCUGUUUCGCUGGAAUGCUCACUCACCGGACAAGUGGGACGUGCAAUGAUUGUGCUGCUCGAAGGCGUGGCACCCAGUCAGCAAACUGUUGUCAAGGUAACUGUGGGCAAAAGUCAAACGCUCUACUCCAGUCUGUCCAAGCGCGGCAAGGACAAGAACAGCGGCCUGCUUUCGAUAGGACCUGUCAACAUUGACAUACCACAACAUCCUGUAGCACUGCAUGGCAUGAUGACGCGCAGCUCCAAGCAGCUGUCCUCAACGCUACAAGAGCUGCGUGUAAAGCGCAACUCAGGGCGCUCCACUUUACGCUCUCAUACAGCAGAGGAGCCCGAGUCGCCCUUCCAUGCGCGCAACUCAGGGGGCGCCAAUAGCGGACUGGGCACUGCCAGCGAAAUGCGUGAGCGCACAGUGAGCGGCGGCGCAGCUGCGCAGCCACAACUCUCAGCACGCCAAGCACGCGCUCGUCUCUCGAAUAAUCGCGCAGCCUCUGCCGCGCAGCAGAACGGGCUGCUGCAGCCGCUGGUCAUGCAGUUCAAUGUGCUGCUGCAGAGCUUGAGCAUCAAUGCGGCGCUGCUGCCUUCGCUGCAGGCGCAGUAUCGCAUGAAUCAUGUCAGCUCCAUGGGCGUGACAGGCGCCAGAGCCAAGUUUGUCAUUGAUUUGCCCACGCAUACGCUAAGCUUCAAUACCAAAAUACAGAACGAAAUGAAUCUGCCGUCGGAGGCUUGCAUUGGCCUGCCGCCCGUGCAUGUGCUGGCGGAGUAUAUACCGGACAAUAGGCAGGAGCACACGGAGCACAUCGAAGGCAUUGUGCUGCGUCAGGGCGGCUAUGUUAACGCCAGCGCUGAAAUAGGCGAAUUCGAGCGUUGCCUGACCACCGAUUUGCUCAAUCAUUUGGUGUUUGUGCAAAAGGUUUUCAUGCGUGAAAUAAACGAAGUGCUGCAAAAAGUUUACGGCGGUGAGAAGCCAGUGCCGCUGUGGACUGAGGAUAGCGCGGAUAAUGGCAGCGUGCAGGAAUCUUCACUCAAGCGCAUACUCUUCUCCAUUAACGUAUCGAUGAAGCGCAUACAGUUGACAGCUACAACGCCCUGCUCAUCGGCUGUGCGCUUUGAAACGGGCACGCUGGAGCUGCACUUGUCUAACCGCGUGAAGAAUCUGGGCGAUCUGAGUAAUCGCAAGCUGUUCUUCAAGGCUCACAUUAACUUUAACCUGUCGCUUGGCCAAAUCAUACGCAAUGUGAUUUUCGAUGAAGCUGAGCCGGAGUUUCAGCAAUACGCUUUCUUUCAUACGACUAUAGCGCUGCGUAACGCUUUCCAGGAUGAGCUGCUCAACGAGGACAAGGAGUUGAUUUUGCUGACGCUCAAGCGUCCGCUGGUUUAUGUGCAACCCAUAGCCAUAGACAAGGCCAUACUGGUUUGGCUGAACUAUAAGAACGCCUAUGAGUAUUGGGCGGAGAAGCGCGCCAAUCUUUGCUAUGAGCACAAUCAACACGCAUCCACUCAGCAGGUGUUCGAUCGUGUGGCCUUUGGACAACUGGCUAGCUCCAACUUGUCUACGCUGUUUCUGCAAUUAACAGUCGAAGAUAUGGGCAUAUGCUUGCCACUGAAGCAGGUUAAUACUGUAUCCUAUGGCGGCUCGCGUGCCUACCAAGACUUUGAUGCCAAGGGCGCUGUGGUAAUCACACUGGAGAACACCAUCAUCUCGGCCUGCAACUCUGGCUCGCUGGUGUCCAAGGGCAAGUUUCAGGGCCUGUGUCUGCGCUUUGCAGAUGACUUUGAGACGAACCUAGACGACUGGAAGCCCAGCAGCGCGGAGCCCAUAAUGAAUGUCUGCGUCGUGUCCGAGGGCACCUUUGAGGUCUGCUCUCGCACUACGGCUGCAAAGAAGGGCGAGAAUGCCAAGUGGCUGCUGAAUGUCAAGUGGCAAAUGGAGGGUGUCGAUAUACACUUGGAUGUCAACAUAGGCAAGCAGCUGUCAUCGCUGGGACACACGCUCACCAUGCUCACUGGCUUUGAGGAGGAUGAGACGCAAAUGGAGUCGCCGGACAGCGAUGAGGGCGAUCAAAGCUGUCGCGACACUUAUGUGCGCCGCCGCGGCGAGUUCGAUAAUCUGCCUGCGUUUGUAUUCGAUCCUACGAUAGACUCGAAGAAGCGCUCGUUUAUGAUGGAGAAGGAAAUGGCCGAGCAGCUGAAGAUUAUCAAUGAUCUGCGCACGCUGGGCGCUUCGCAUAAUACGGUGGCGCAUGAGGAGCGGCGGCUGCAGGAGCUGCAGGCCAUAUGCUACAAAUACUUCCGCCGCGACAUGAUCCAAAAGUGGAAGCGUCCGAUGCUGCGCAGAUCACUGAAGAACUACAGUCGCUCGCAUUCGUACAUAGGCGCGGGCGGAGUGGCAGAGGGCGUGGCAGCGCGUGAGCUGCCGCUGGAUAAUGGCAGCCAUAGCUAUGCAGGCAGACGCUUGGACACUAUAGCAUCCAAUGAUGAAAUCAGUAGUUUGCAGAGCACGCCGCCUUCAUCGCACAGCCGCAGCGCUUCGUUCAAAACAGGCGUAGGGCGUGUCACUUUCACCGAUGCCAUGCGGCAAACUUCGCUGCCCAAUGCAGACACGGACACUGAAACGGCGGACAAUGAGCUGCUCGACUGCUGGCGCCCCGGACCCGAGGGCCUGCCCAGCGAAAUGGACGUGGAUGGGAUUUCAGUUGAGAUGCGACGCAAACAUGCGCAACAUGCGCAAAAGCAGCAAACCGAACCCAACAUUGACUUCGAGCUGGACGUCAAGGUGCUGGUCAACUCCGGCAAGUGUGUGCUGCAUACCAAGGAGAACGCCAGCGCUGACUAUAACGCCGCCAAUGCCAACGCAACGCAUGUGAAGACGCACAAGCGCGAGCGCAGCAUUGGCAACGACUGGGGCAGUCCGACGCCCUCGCGGCGGCAUCGUGACAAAAGCAAGCUGCGCUACAACACCAGCGCCCACAACAAUGCGCUGCUGAGUGAUCUGACCAUCUUUCAUAUACCCGGACUGGAUGUCAAGCUGCACUAUCAGUCGCGCACGCUGCCCGAAGCGGAGCUACCGCAACAGCCGCCGCCGCCGCCCCAGUCAAGCAUGCAGCAUGCGACGCGGCGUGUGGGCAACAAGCGCGCUACGCUCUCCGCUUGGAUGACGCUGCAGAGCAUACCAGAGGAAACAAUCAUCUCGCCGCAUAUUCUGGAGUUCCUCGAGCAAACGCUGGAGCCCAUACCGACGCGUCAGGCGCAGAGUGUGCCUGCCACGCCCACACAAACAGCGCCCGUUAAUCUGGACAUACUGCCCGCUCAAUAUGCCACCUACGCUUCGUUCCCCGUGGAUGUCAUUGUCUAUUUCCAUAUGCAGCCUUCGACUUUCCGCUUCAGCUGCUUGCCUGUGUCACGCGUGGAGUGCAUGCUGCAGCUGCCCAGCCUGGACAUUGUGUUCAGCUCCAAGCGCAGCGCCUCGGAGGAGGAGCAGCAGUCCACGCAGUCGGAUAUGCCCAUGGGCGGACUGAGCGUCACUGGCUGCCUGGCUGACUUCAAUGUCUACAUUUUCCAUCCUUAUGGCGGCAAGAAGACUUCGAAGGAAACGCAGUUCUCGCCGCUGAGCGACAGCGAGCGCAAGGACUCGCUGAGCAUCAAUGUGGAGUUUGUUAAAUUUCACAUAACGCGCUGUCGCAAAGUUUAUAUCGAGCAGCUGCCCAGCUCCAAGCGCGCGCUGGAUCAAUCGCGUGCCGUCAUUCGAUUCUCUACAAUUGUGGAUAUAGGCAGCGCCAGCUUCAAGUAUGACAUGCGUCGUCUUACCGAGAUCUUGGCCUUUCCCAAGGCUUGGUACAGACGCCGCAUAGUGCGGCGUCUCUUUCUGGGCGAUCUGAGCAUGCAGCAGCAGCAGCAACAGCAGGCAGCGGAAACGCCUACAGCUACGCCUACGCCUGCCACGCCCACGCCCAGCGAGGGACGCAGCAAGGAUAAGCUGCGUCUGGACUUUGAUGCUGCGCCCGCGUCUGCGCCGCAGCCUCAGCAGCUUGGACACUUUGGCGCCGUGCGCAAGCUCAAGUCGUUGGGCAAAUCCUCCAGCGCGGAGUCCUCGGGCACGCCACCCUCCGAGAAAAAUCAGAUUACCGCCUGGGAAACGCUUGUCAUCUUCGCUGUCAACUUCACCAAGCUCAAUGUGCAAAUGAACAUUGGCAAUGUCUGCGGCAACGUCGUCUGGCUAACCAAAGACUUUCGCUCCGAUGGCCGCUUGUCCAUUGGCAGCACUGGCUAUAAGAACAUGUAUGCCGGCAUCUAUUUGGGUGGAUCGGCGCUGGACGCCAAGGGCGGCAUUGUGGGCGGCAGCUUUGAGGUGAACAAAAUCAACAAGCGCUUCCAUAUCAAAGAGGAGUCGGGCAUGGAGCCGUAUCACACGCUGGGCUUGAGUUUCAUGGCGCUGGAGCUGCGCCUGGACUACAUGGGCACCUCGGUGCUAAUGACGCGAAUCAGCAGCUUUGCCGCCGCCAUGAAGGAUGAAUGGCGCACUGCGACGCAAGCUGCAGCCUGUGGCAAGGACACACCGCGUGCGCUCAUCUUUAUACACGGCGAUCUUAGCUGGGAUCAGCUGCAGAUUAUGAUAUCCAAGUCGACAACAGCGGAUCUGAUGAAGAUGUACUUCAAGCUGGAGGAGUUCUUCACUCAGCAGUUCAAGUCCUCCAAGCGCGUGUUCAGCAGCUUGGAGCCGCGUCUGCAAGAUCGCAGCGCCAGCAUUAAACGCCGUCAGCAGCAUAAAAAGAAAUCCACUACAGAUGCGCCGCCUGCUGCCAAUGGCAACUGCGUGCUGCUGGACAAUACGGAUGCGCGUCAUCAUCGUCACUGGCAGAAGCCGCUGGCGCAGGCGAUUGGCCUGGUAGUGCCAUCGCUAGUGACACGUCUGCCGCGUCAUGGCAAUGUGCUGGGCGGCACAGUGGAGCUGCGUGGCCAGCACAUCUCGCUGGCCUGCUUCCAUGGCAUUAACUUCAAGUCCAAGUCAUGGGCGCUGUUCAGCUUGAAGUCGCCUUCGAUUAAUUUUGCCACAGAAGCGCGUCAGCUGGAGGAUUCGUGUGAAGUGUUGGUUACCCAAACGCUCACCUCCUGCCUGGGUCAGACGACCGAAGUGCAGCAGCAGCAGAAUCAUUCCAUGGCCAUUGUCAGUCGCAUUACGCGCAACAUAAUCUUUCCGCCGCAGUUUAAAACACUUAACGAGUGGUUCCAUUACGCUUUUGCCAACAGCGAGAUUGAUGCUGUCGAUCGUUUUCCUAUGCUGGAGUGUGAGCGUGAAAUUGCUUCCAAUUCCAUUGAGCGUACACGCGCGACAGGCAGCAGCAGCGCUGGAGCUGGAGCCAAAUCGCAGGAGCACAAUCAUAAUCGCGAGGUGAUCUUCGCACUGCCCAGCCUGCAGCUGCAUUUUAAGACUGAGCAUAAGCAGGGACCAAGCACACCAGAGCCAAAUGAAAACAAACCUGAGGUGCUUUGCAGCUUCAUAACCGAAUUCGAUGAUCAUAUAUUUGUAACAGUUGAUGCUGAUGCUUUCUUCUUUCUGCAUGAUCUGAUUACUAGCUAUGUAACCGAAAAGGAGAAAGUGUUGGGCGCUCAGUCUGCACGCGCGGCCUCGCCCAAUCUGCCACAGAAGGCCAACCUCAAGCCGUAUCUCGUCGAUGAUAUAGUCAAGGAUAAGAAAAACGCUUCCAAUACCAAUCUAACAGUUCAAGCGCAGCAGCUAAGCGGCAGCAAAAGCAGCUUGGAACCACUGCAGGGCAGUCAUACGAAUCUAGCCAACACUGCCAGCAGCACCACUGGUGGCACCACCAACACCAACACCACAUCAACAGCAACAGCAACUACAACUAAUCAAGCAAACAAUACGACUGCUACAACGACUGGCUUGGCUAAUGCCACGCCAACGACAAAUAAUUUAAAUAAAAACGAUGCCAAAGAUGCCGCCGCCGCAGGCACAAGUCAAGCUCAAGCUACAGCUGACCCCACAGCGCAGCUGCCCAGCUUCGAUAUCGAGUCCUUUGUGCGCGAUUGGCGACACUUUGAAUGCCAGACCUGGCAUCUGGAGCCCACGGUGCGUCUGCUCAGCUGGGCGGGCAAGUCCAUCGAGCCCUAUGGCGUUGAUUAUAUAUUGAAUAAGCUCGGCUUUAGUCAUGCGCGCACCACCAUACCCAAGUGGCUGCAGCGUGGGUUUAUGGAUCCGCUCGAUAAGGUGCAGGCGCUCAUGAUGCUGCAGCUGUUGUUGCUGGUGCGCGAGAAUAAAUCGGAUGCCAGCAACAUUAGCAAGCAACAACGACCAGCCAACAAUUAGCCUUGGCUAACGAGAGAGAGCCCACAAUGCAUGACACAUUUACAAUGUUCGCUUUAUAUGUUGUUCUUAGCUUCAUUUUUGGUAAUUGUAUAAAGCUAAUGUUAGUGUUUAGGCCGUUUAGGCAGCUUUGUUAAAUAUGUAAAUUGUUUGCUCGCCUAGAAGUUCAGUUCUCUAUUUGUAAUUAUAAUUAUAUUAUUAUUAUUAUUCUUAUUAUUGUCAUUGAUGGUUUAGUUUUAAAUUUAAAUUCAAGUGUGCUUCAUGUAAUUUUUGCUCAAUUUUAAGCUCUUUUGUAAUUAAUUGUAAACGCUUUUGAGCAAAGGCCAAUGUUUAAACUCUAAGUAGCUCUUAUCGAUAUACAUAUAAAUAUAUAUAUACAUAGUACACCUAUAAACUGAUAAACUAUACAACUGUACAAGUUUCUAAAUAGGCAAUAAAGCAAAACUUUUUAAAGUGCAACAUUAUCAAACCUAAUGCAUUAAAAUCUGAGUGUUUAGUUUUUAAAUUGAAUUGUAAAAUUAGCUGUCUAGAUUUUUUACCACUGUCAAUGGUUUAAUUAAAACAAAAUCUGUGCUUCAAUUUAAAACAUUUGUUAAAU